AUGGAGAAUAAAACAACAGUGAAGGAAUUAAUCCUUUUGGGUGUUACUGAUGAUGAACAACUCCAGUAUGUGCUCUUUACUAUGCUGUUCAUCACCUACAUCUUGACAUUAGCAGGUAACAUUCUCAUAAUCACCAUCACCUUGAUAAACCAUAAUCUUCAGGCUCCCAUGUACUUCUUCCUCAGGAACUUCUUCAUUUUAGAGAUUGACUUUACCACCACUGUCAUCCCCAAAGCAUUGGCUAACCUGGCAUUAGGAAAAAAAACAAUUUCUUUAAGGGGUUGCCUCACUCAAAUUUUUCUCUUCUUCAUGGUAGGUACCAAUGACUCUCUCCUGUAAGCUGUAAUGUCCUUUGACAGAUAUGUGGCCAUCUGCAAACCUCUACACUACGUGGCCAUUAUGAAUUCACAAUUCUGCGGCCUGUUGGCGAUUACUGCCUGGAUUGAUGGGGCUGUCCUCGUUCUUGUCCCUUCCCUUCAGAUGCCAUUCUGUGGUUCAAAUACGAUUAAUAAUUUUUUCUCUGAUGGCACAACAAUGAUUCAGCUCAAAUGUGGAAAUACCAAGGUGCAUCAUUUAAUCUCAGCAGUGUUAGUGGGUAGCCUAGCUAUUAUAGUUGUGUCCUACAUCAACAUCAUAACUGCUGUGGCCAAAAUCCCCUCUGUGGCUGGUGGACGGAAAGCCUUUUCCACCUGUGCCGCUCACCUCACUUUGCUGUCUAUCACAUACAGCAGCUGCAUCUUCAUGUACCUUACACCCAGCCAGACCAACAGACUGGACCUCAGCAGGGUGGUCCACCUUGAACACUAUAAGCUACAGAUGGAGAAUAAAACAACAGUGAUGGAAUUAAUCCUUUUGGGUGUUACUGAUGAUGAACAACUCCAGUAUGUGCUCUUUACCAUCCUGUUCAUCACCUACAUCUUGACAUUAGCAGGUAACAUUCUCAUAAUCACUGAUUAA